AUGGAUCCAGAGAAUCAAACAGCUAUUUCAAAAUUCCUCCUUCUGGGGCUUUCAGAAGAUAAGAGCCUGCAGCCCCUUCUGUUUGGACUGUUCCUAUUCAUGUACUUGGUCUGUGUUACGGGAAACCUGCUCAUCAUCCUGGCCGUCAGCUCUGACUCCCACCUCCAUACCCCCAUGUACUUCUUCCUCUCCAAUCUGUCCUUUGUGGACAUGUGUUUCACCUCCACCACGGUCCCAAGGAUGCUGGUGAACAUCCAGACACAAAACAAAGCCAUCAGCUAUAAUGGAUGCUUUACACAGAUGUAUUUCUUCAUGAUUUUUUCUGGGAUGGAUAGUUUACUACUGACUGUGAUGGCCUAUGACCGUCUUGUGGCAAUAUGUCACCCACUGCACUACCUGGUCAUCAUGAACCCUCGGUUUUGUGGUCUUCUGCUUCUGCUUUCUUGGCUAAUCUGCCUGACGAAUUCUUUGUUGCAAAGUUUGAUGGUUUUGAGAGUAUCCUUCUGCAAAGAAACUGAAAUCCCCCACUUCUUCUGUGAACUUUCUCAGGUGCUCAAGCUUGCCUGUUCAGACACCUUUGCCAAUGAUCUUCUGCUGUACUGUGUAACUGGCCUACUGGGUGUUGUCCCACUGUCAGGAAUUAUUUUUUCUUAUUCUAGAAUUGUGAACUCCAUAGUGAGAAUUUCAUCUCCUGGAGGGAAGUGCAAAGCCUUUUCCACCUGUGGGUCUCACCUGUCAGUUGUCUCUUUGUUCUAUGGCACAGGCCUUGGGGUUUACCUUACUUCUGGAACAGCCCAUCCCUCCAGAGAGGGUGCAGUGGCCUCAGCGAUGUACACUGUACUUGCCCCCAUGCUAAACCCCUUCAUCUAUAGCCUUAGGAAUAAGGAGUUGAAGGGGGCUCUGAGGAGACUUUUUCAGCACAGGUUGGUCACAGUGCGAUAAUGUAAGUUAAGGAAAAACUAGAGAAAUCAAGACUUCUGAUGACUAGUG